CGUAACCAAACAAACACACCCAAAUCUUCUUCUUACACUUUUUCGUUAUCUUCAAAACCAAAACUUUCAAACUCAAGACGCCAUUUCAGAAAGAAGAAGAUUUUUGAUUUUGAUUCGAUGGAGCAAGGGAAGCAAGGAGUCAUGGUGGCUAAAUUGUCUCCUAAUCAGAACCCAAUAGAGCAAUUACAAGUUCGGUAUAAGCUUUUGGAGACUCAGUUCAAAACUUGGUUGACUAAGCAAUCUUUGCCUGUUGAAGCUGCCAUCGUUACUAUCACUAGCGCCGCUCAAGGUGCUGCCAUCGGUGCUUUUAUGGGUACUUUAACCAACGAUGGUGGCUCUCCUUUUCCUACUCCUCCUCAGGCUAAUCUUAACCCUCAAGCCAUGGCUUCACUUAAACAAGCUCAGGCUCUUUCUGGAGGCCCGUUUGUACAAGCUCGCAACUUUGCUGUAAUGACUGGUGUAAAUGCUGGCAUAUCAUGUGUCAUGAAAAGAUUGAGGGGAAAGGAGGAUGUUCAGUCCAGUAUGGUAGCAGCGUUUGGUUCCGGAGCUAUGUUUUCAUUGGUAAGUGGCAUGGGCGGUCCAAAUCAGAUAGCCAAUGCAGCUACUUCAGGGCUUUUCUUUGCACUUGUUCAAGGUGGACUUUUCCAGUUGGGGCAAAAGUUUUCUCAACCGCCAGUGGAAGAUACUUACUAUUCCAAAACGAGAAGCAUGUUGAGUAACCUCGGUCUCCAGAAUUACGAGAAGAAUUUCAAGAAAGGGUUAUUAUCAGACACCACGUUACCUCUUCUCACUGAUAGCGCACUUAGAGACGUGAAGAUCCCACCAGGACCACGACUACUCAUUCUCGAUCACAUUCAAAGGGACCCGGAAUUCAAGGGAAAACGUGGAAAAUAGACUGCGGCGAUAGCCUUGUCGGGAGCUGUAGUUUUAGCUGCCAUUGAAGUCAAUUUGUUUUCACCAGUUUUAAUAGCAGAAGCAGAUAGUGAGGUGAGGAUGAGUAAUUAGGAGGUGAUAUGUUUUUGAAAUGAAAAGAGAUAAUGUGGGAUUGAUUGUUUUGUUUUGUGCUGAAAAAAUUGAUUCACUAAAUUUGUUGGGAGUAAAAUUUGAUUAGCAAUAA